AUGUCUCGUCAGGGCGCACGCUGGUUCGCGCCGUCCGCCAUUCCACCUAUCUUGCUGCUCACCGUCGUCACAUCAUUCGCCUUCAACCACGCGCUCAUCACCACGCAGCGCAGACAGGACGUCCGCACUCACCGCAUACGUUCCGAGCUACUGCGCGAUACGAUCGACUACAACUCGCGGCUGCUCUACCAGCUCAAUCCGCCUUCGACCUCGAGGACCUGGUUCGGGACGUCUUCCUCGUCGAAGGAUGUCGAGGAGAAGGAUCCCGAGUGGGUGCAGGAGGAGAGACUGGCCCUGUUGCGACGCUGGAAGGCGCUCGGAUCAGAUCCUGUCGCACAAGGUCUCCUGCCAAGCGACGGGCCAAGCGCUACAACGGGCUCGAUAGAGCAGAGCAGGACAGUGGGUCCAAAGGAAGUCACCUGGUCCGAAAUCUUCCUCGGCAAUCGAGAGACCCGGUCCAGUCUCGCCGAACGCUUUCGAAAGGUCACAGCGGGCAUCAAGGAGUCGUUCGACCAGCUCACACCAACAUCAACACCAUCAAGUAGAGAGAAGGAGGAACAAACGUCAGCAGCGGAAGAGAAAGAGCUCGCAGAGUUGUCACAGCUUUGGUCGACCGCGUCAAAAGAGUCAUAA